AUGUCCUUCGUCCAAAGAGUAUUUGCUACAAUCCGAGCCGCUAUUGUACCGCCAAAUAAAAGAGGGACAGCCGGCCUGGCCAUAUUUGUGCUCGAAUAUCAGUCUCUGGACCUUUCACCGCCUCCGGGAAUCUGCUAUACGGGACCUACCGUGCGAAUACCCACCCAUGCCGCUGCAUGCCAUGAAAAACGUGCUAUUGUCUGCGGCUUAAACAUUGCACACCCGCCCGCAGAAGCCGGCGGAUGGGUAUUUGAGAUUGGGGUGAGCCCUGAAGACGCUUGGGGCACAGCGCUGCUGCGGUUGACGGAGAGGCCACCGAGGGGAAAAACGGGGCAGCGAACGUCCGUAUUAGCGACUGAUCAUUAUACGAAUUUUGCAGGGCGCAAUGGUAGCAAACAACUCUUUCCCAUGCUUGUAGCACGGAGAAACGGACAUGUGGCGAAAGUAGAGGCUAUGCUGUCGUCCACAAUGGGAUCGGUGCCCAUGGUUUGGUUUAAAAGUAUUGAUAGGGAGGUAAAUAUCUUGAGAGGAUGUGGGGUUAGCCUUAUGGGGAUGUACGAAAUAAUACACAUCAUCGUGCAUCACUGGAGGUCCCGCGAUCGCCCCGAGUUAUCCAUCAUCGGCCUGGCUGAUAACACCGUGUGCCUGACGAUGCACGGGAGCAUAAAAGUCGUCAAUCAUCGUGCAUAUCCUUGGUGCCAGUCAGAGCCGUGCGCAGGGUAUUACUCUUCAACGUGCGCUGCAUUAGCUAUGCAAGAGACCAAGGAAGGGCAUGCGGAGUUACAGGGCCAUGAAUGCCUUAGCCCUUUUUGCACGUUCAAGGCUGAGAGAUCGUGGAGAUCGUGGGAUUUAUUGGUCUCAAGGGAGGUUCGGGAUUGCCACGUCAGAGAGAGCUUUUCCCCUCUCCUUGGUUUACCCCGUCCAUUCAGCUCCACAAAGCCUGGAUUUAUUGCAAGGAUGCAGAAUGAUGUUACACGGCCACGAGAGGUGGACGCAGGACGGAGAAAGGAGAUAAUGCCAAUGCAUCCCGAUCAGUGCAGAAUUGAUGGCGAGUUGAGAAGUCAAGAGGAGUGUUCAGCUUCGCAACGAUUUGAAUCCAUACCUGCGAAUCUCGGGCAAGACGGCACCCAUUAUUCGGUAUUUCGUUUGGAUGCCAUUGACGAACCUCAGCACUAUCGAAGUUGA